AUGAAACACAAGAACGGGAGUGGUAGCAGUGAACAUCUAGAUUCGGAGUUUGAUGUUACUUACAGUGUCAAAGAUGAUGACAAGAUGGUUGGCCGUGCGUCUUCCUCUUCUUUCUCUUCUUUCUCUUCUUCCUCUUCCUCAUCGUCUUCACAUCCAAUGGAAGUCAAUGGCGGUGAAACUGAUGUGAAAUUCCCAGAAUUUGAAAAAAACGAAUCUAUCUCGCUAAGAUCAAAUAAUACGGAAUCAGCAAAAACGAGUUCAUCUGGGAGACUAACAGUGAAUUUAUCAUCAAUGGCUUCACCACGAUUCUCUGAUUUCGAUACAUCAAAUGCAUCUCCAAUACAAUCUCCUCCGAUCCAAGUGAUGGCGCAAUCCGAUGACUAUGAUCCAAACAGGAUCCCCUCAUCUAUAUUUUCUCCAAAACAGAGUGAUGAUUCGGAAUGGAGUGCAGCUUCCAAUGAAUCGUUAUUCAGUAUCCACAUGGGAAGCAAUAGCUUCUCCAUGGAUAGUGAUUUUUUUAUAAGCCAGUCUGGAAAACUUCACUGGCUGGACGACGGAUUCGAGUAUUCAUGUUUUACGCCACAUGGCAGUUUGACAAGCCCGAUGGUGGAAACAACAGUAGAAGACGAAGGGAAGAGUGCGGAAGAGAAGGAAGAACUCCUUGAAACCCUAAAUGCAUCACCAACCGAUUUCGUAAGGGGAAAGGAAAGCUCACCGGAUUGGGAGUCCAGUCCAAAUUCUAGGGUUCCGACCGAGGGGACUCGUAAUUCGGAUUCAAGUUCCCAAAGCACUGGUUCAUUUGCAUUCCCUUUACUUGCAGGGGGGAGUCCGGUGAAGGAAGAUGCUGGAAAACCUCAGUCACCAUCAUCAACGCCGCCAACGCCAAAAGGAGCAGCGGAGGCAGAAACUACACCACCGCCUGCAGCUCCCGCCACAACCCCUAAAGCUGGUGGCAACCAAUGGUUCAAUUGCUUCUCAUGUUUCCCAAUUUGUUGUUGACGACACACGAUUGAAUGAGAAAAUUCAAGGACUUGCCCACCUGUUUUCGAGAUCUCGAUAGCCCUACUGCGCCAAUUUAACAAAUCAGAUCCUCUUUGUAAUGAAUAAGAAGCUAAGGUAUUUAUUAUAUACAUGCA